AUGGACACGGUGAAUUGUUCAGUAUGGCUGACGGAUGCCAUCGGCCAAUUGGUCGGCUACCUCCUUGCCACCCUGUUCUUCGCAUCCGUCCUUGUUAUGACGGUGGCAACGGUCAUCGUCCUGGCACUCAGCUCCCUGUUCUCACUGCUGAUCCACGACUAUGUCAGCAACUCCUGCGAGUUGGCGUUCGUGGCCUGUGUGGGGUCCCUGCUGUUGAUGCCGGUGAUGGCACGCGGCAACCGCGACGCCUCACUGGUUGACAUCGCUGCCCUGUUAUCCGGUCCGGGCCCCAUCUUGGUUUGGGUUUUGACGCUUUAUGACUUAUAG